AGCGGGAUCUCUCCUGGUGUAGGUCCAUUUGCAUCAGCAGUUCAGCAUUGACACCCACUUCACCUUUUUUAUUUCACAAAAUAAUUAAAGAACCAAUCUUUCUUUUGUUCUCAUUUCCGUUUUCCACUUUGGGAUUUUCAAACGCAUUGAAAAUCGGUUAUUUUUUUUGCUGGAAAAAGAGAUCUGAUGUAACUGUGAACGUGGGUUCUUCAAGAUUCGGUUCCUCUGUCUUUUGCUUCCAUUUUCUCUUCCUUUCUUUCUUUGCUUUUUGUUUUGGUCCAAGGAAAAGAGCAAAUAUUGAACAUUUAUUGCAGAAAGACAGUUCAGAGUUCAGACAGAGAAGACGCAUUGAAUGUUUUGACACGCAAAAAGCAGUUGAAUAUCAGCCCUCUCUGUACUGUCUCUUAAAGGUUUUGGUUUUCUUGGUUUGUAAGGGUAGUUUUAAUAAUUCAGCGUGUAGUACCUGGAUCAGGCUUUAUUUUUUCAUAAAAGAAAAGCUGAGGAAACGCCACCUAACACCGCGUGUUUGGCGUUUCCUCAGACUCAAUACUCAUACACAACAGAAAAGCUCUUACCUUGAUUUAUGCUAAAACUUGGGUUUUGUCUGAAAACUUGAAACAGGAAUUUUUUUCCUGUUUAGUGUGUUUUUGUUGGUUUAAGUUCAAAUGACAAGUACCUUUUCUUUUUUUGGCUUUUAUCCUAGUUCUUGAUUGAAGUGUUCAUAUGCUGUAGUUUAAGAGCGAGCUGAAAGGGUUGAAGAUUUGGUGGGAUAAGUUUGAAGACUUGGAAAAUUGUGUCUUGUUCUUGAAGUUAAAAGAUCAUAGUUUGUUGGUUUCAUGUUAAUGUUAUUUGAGAUUAGUUUAGUGUUAGAUGAGUGUUGCAGUAGAUGUUUUUAAAGAUUUGGGGAAGUAAGUUUUUAAGACAGGAAAAUUUUGUGUCUUGUUCUUGAAGUCGAAGAUCAUAGUUUGUUGGUCUUUCCUGUUUAUUGUUAUGUAGGAUUAGUGUAGUUUAAGGUGGAGUUGCAGUAGUGUUUGAGAGAUUUUUGUGUGGGGGAUUAAACUUUGAAAGAAAGAUUUCAGAGGGUUGUGAAUAGAGUUUUUAAAAAUGGAGGAAAGUGUGGACAAUGAAAAAGAAAUGAGAUCACUGGCAUUAACGCCAACAUGGUCUGUUGCUACUGUUUUGACAAUCUUUGUUGCUGUUUCUUUGAUUGUGGAGCGCUCAAUUCAUCGCCUAAGCCAUUGGUUAAGGAAAACCAAUCGAAAACCUCUGCUUGCAGCUGUGGAGAAGAUGAAAGAAGAGUUAAUGCUGCUUGGAUUUAUAUCGCUCCUUCUAACAGCAACCUCUAGCACAAUAGCCAAUAUUUGCAUUCCAUCAAAGUUCUAUGAUAGCACCUUUGCUCCAUGCACCAGGUCUGAGAUUGAUGAAGAGCUUGAGGAUGGUUCUUCGAAGGAGCGUAAGCUUACAAUGGUUUCUGGUUUUCACUUAUUCAGGAGAAUGUUGAAUGGCAUGAAUCAGAAUACCUGCAAAGAGGGUCAUGAACCAUUUGUCUCUUAUGAAGGUCUUGAGCAGUUGCAUCGCUUCAUCUUUGUCAUGGCAAUCACACAUGUAUCUUACAGUUGCUUAACAAUGUUGCUGGCAAUUGUGAAGAUUCAUAGUUGGAGAGCAUGGGAGGAUGAAGCUCAAAUGGAUCGACAUGAUUUACUAAAUGAAAGAGCACGAGAGUCGAUACUGCGAAGGCAAACAACAUUUGUCAAAAACCACACAUCAAACCCCUUGACCAAAAAUAGUCUUCUUAUCUGGGUGAUAUGUUUCUUCCGGCAAUUUGGGCGUUCAGUGGUUCGUGCAGACUAUCUGACACUCCGCAAGGGCUUCAUAAUGAAUCACAACCUGAUAUCAAGCUAUGAUUUUCACAGCUAUAUGAUUCGCUCUAUGGAGGAAGAAUUUCAAAAGAUAGUUGGUGUUAGUGGUCCGCUUUGGGGAUUUGUUGUUGCCUUCAUGCUGUUCAAUGUGAAAGGGUCUAAUCUGUAUUUCUGGAUAGCAAUCAUUCCGAUUACUCUUGUUCUUCUUGUGGGUGCAAAGCUACAGCAUGUCAUCGCAACCUUGGCACUGGAGAAUGCUAGCAUAACAGGCUGUUAUACUGGAGCAAAGCUGAGGCCUCGAGAUGAACUUUUCUGGUUUAACAAGCCAGAAUGGUUGUUGUCCCUUAUCCAUUUUAUUCUGUUCCAGAAUGCAUUUGAACUGGCUUCAUUUUUUUGGUUCUGGUGGCAGUUUGGCUAUAAUUCAUGCUUCAUCCGGAACCAUACUCUUGUUUAUAUAAGACUUAUUUUGGGGUUUGCUGGGCAGUUUCUCUGUAGCUACAUCACUCUGCCACUCUAUGCUCUGGUUACUCAGAUGGGAACAAACUACAAGGCAGCACUAAUUCCACAAAGGAUAAGGGAGACAAUCCACGGAUGGGGUAAGGCAGCAAGGAGAAGGAGGAGGCAUGGGCUUUUCCCUGAUGAUUCAACCAUACACACAGACACAAGCACUGUAAUGUCGCUUGAGGAAGAAGAGCACCAAUUCAUUGAUAUUAAUGAAGCUGGCAAUGGUACACACACUGAGAUAGAGUUGCAACCACCGGCCAAUGUCACAGCCAGUCCUUCCCCAGUUGCUAAUGAAACUUCGAGUAGGGUUGGUACACCUCUACUUAGACCAUCUGCUACUAUUUCGUCAUCAACUAUGUCUAGUCUUCAGAAGGAAGAUUUCCUAAGAUCAUCUUCUAUGCCUGUUAGAAGAGAAUGACACCAGUACAGCAAUUGUGUAGUGUUACUUGUAGGCAUACGGAAAAAAGACAAACAAAGUGUAUACUAUUACUGAAUUAGGCUUUGCAUGGUUUUUAAAAUGUAUGAGGAAAUUAUAUGGAAAGUGCUUGAAUUAUAUUCCUUACAGGCACGCAAUUUCUUCACAUUCCCCUCUGUUUAAAAUACUCGUAGGUUCGCAGAUUGUACCAUGUUGUAAGUUGUAGCUACAAAUUUAUAAAACAAGGAAACCGAUACGUGGGGUAUAUAGUACUUGAUUCUCUCA